AUGCUGGGACUACUGGGAAACACGUCCUCCUCUAAAGUGUAUCCAUGUGUGGCCUGCUCUGCGACCUUCAGUGGGCUCGCCUCUCUUCUGGUUCAUCAAGCAACUCAUGCUCCACCGAACCCCCAACCAGUGCCGUCCACAGCUAUGUACAUCUGUGACUGUGGAGAUGAGUUUCUGGACUUCAGUGCAAUGAUGGAACACAAACGGUCCCAUGUGACUGAAGAACAGGAGCUGCAGAAAUCACAUGAUAAUCAGGUGACCACUAACGAAGAAUCAUCCAACACACUAAGCGUCGAGACUCCUGUUGGAAACGACGAAGCGGACGUGGUCCAUGGUGCCGGGGCCGUGGUCCAUGGUGCCGGGGCCGUGACCCAUGGCGCCGGGGCCGUGGCCCAUGGCGCCGAGGCUGUGGCCCAGACUGAGGAAGCUGUUAGAGAGGAUGCUGCUGGCCCUUCUGCCCAUGAACUGCCUCCAGUCAAGAACACUGGAAAAAAUGCAGUUCACGGUAAUGACACUAAGGACUACAGCCCUGCGUCUACUGCAGCUGGGCAACUGAUGGAAAGGGCACUGGCAGCAGAAGAGGAGCCUGAGGAGGAGGGAAAUAAAAUGCAUGAGACAGAGCCCAAAAGUAAACUGAUGAAGAUCUUGGUGUCUGCAUACGAGAAACACAUUGUGCAUCAGUCUCUGUUUGAAGACAAUGGCAAGACCAUUAAAGAAGAACCUGAGCUGGUCAUGAUAUCUCAAGAAUCAAGAAUCACUGAAACAACAGCCAAACAAUUGAAGCGUCCUGGGAAAUCUGGCACAAAGACAAAGGCUCCAUCUAUUGGCAAACUCCUGGAAAGAGUCACCUGUGAGUGUGGCAUGGGCUUCACAUCUCCCAAACUUCUGCUGGAGCAUCUACAGAAACACGCUCAAGAGUCCUACACCUGCCCCACCUGCGGAGUCACGGUCAACUCAUGGGCCGAUUAUGAGAUCCACCUGCAGCUGCACAUGCACCCACAGCACCGCCGCUCUCUGACUCCUCUGACGCUGCAGCUGAAGAUGGAUGUUCCAAACAUGAAAUUUUACUGCAAAGCACGCGGCCCGGAAACGCCAAAGUCCACAAAGUUUUGCAUUUCGGUUGUUGUUUUCAGAACAAGUGUCAUUAUGUUCAGUGGAUUCCAGGACCUGCCCAGUGUGCCGAACCUGGACGUGUGUGUCUGCUUCAGCUGUGAGCAGAUUUUCUCCAGCCGGAAGUUCCUAGAAGAACAUGUCUGCUCUAAGCCACUGUACCUCUGCUCCUGUGGGACAGAGUUCACUUCAUACAGCGACAUGGUGCUGCACUGCGCCUCCCACGAACCAGGCCAACAGGUGCUGGACCAUCAGAACAUCAAGAAGCAAAGGACUGAAAAGCGCUGGCAGGAAGAGGAGAAGCUGAAACAACUUCUGACCGGGGAAAUUUCGAUUACUCCCCCAUCUCAGAGAAUCCCAAAUCAACGUCAGCCAACCCAAAUUGGUAAGGCUUUUGACAUGUCUCCCCGUGUCAUGGCUGGAAAGAAUCCUCUGAAGCCUGUCCAAAUCAAACCUGUUGUUUCAAAUUCUAAAUUCGUGGUGGUGAACACGCCUGCACCUCCACCGCCGUCUACUCCGGCUGGAGUGGUCCUCACUCCUGGAAAAGGCUAUGAGUGUCGCGUGUGUCAUGUCUACUUUGAGAGCAUCAACGUCCUGCAGAGGCACAAGUGUGCCAAAGCUCACGAGUUCCUGAUGAAACAUAAACUCAGCGCUCCAGGGAACAGGCAGAGGUCAGCGGCACCUUUACAAGUGCCCAGUUCAUCUGUGAAGAAUGUGCCCAAGCCCAUCCUGCCCGCCCCCAUGAGCAGCACUGAUCGCAGACUCUCAAACGUGACUAAAGACACAUCCACAGCAGCUGCAGAUGAUGACUGCUUCAUUGUUGAAAGUGGACCAGAGAAACCAGCCGAGGUCAUUUACCAAGUCACCUCUUCUGUCCCCAUCAAGACGUGA